CUUCUCUGUGGCAUAUGCUUUAGGAGAGGAGCAGACAGCUCUUAGCUAGGGUCAGAUUUCAAAUUCUCAUCUCUUGGUGCCAAUACCACCACCAGAUUCUUCUUUGAAGUCAACUUUUGAGAUCUUCACUAAGUACACAUUGGUGUCUGAAGAUUCACGCAAGCGCCUCUGGUAAUCAUUUUCUUCAGGGAAUCACAGUCUGUCCUCUCAGCAAAGCAUCCACUGUACUGAACUUUGCUUUUGGAAACAUCUUCUUCCUGAGACCUCGUUGAAAGAAACUCUGUGGUGUCAUACUUUCCAAUAUGGAGGUGAAGAACUUUGCAGUUUGGGAUUAUGUUGUAUUUGCAGCCCUCUUUUUCAUUUCCUCUGGAAUUGGGGUGUUCUUUGCCAUUAAGGAGAGAAAAAAGACAACUUCCCGAGAGUUCCUGGUUGGGGGAAGGCAAAUGAGCUUUGGCCCUGUCGGCUUGUCUCUGACAGCCAGCUUCAUGUCAGCUGUCACGGUCCUGGGGACCCCUUCUGAAGUCUACCGCUUUGGGGCAUCCUUCCUAGUCUUCUUCAUUGCUUACCUAUUUGUCAUCCUCUUAACAUCAGAGCUCUUUCUCCCUGUGUUCUACAGAUCUGGUAUCACCAGCACUUAUGAGUACUUACAACUACGAUUCAACAAACCAGUUCGCUAUGCUGCCACAGUCAUCUACAUUGUACAGACGAUUCUCUACACAGGAGUGGUGGUGUAUGCUCCUGCCCUGGCACUCAAUCAAGUGACUGGGUUUGAUCUCUGGGGCUCUGUGUUUGCCACAGGAAUUGUUUGCACAUUCUACUGUACCCUGGGAGGAUUAAAAGCAGUGGUGUGGACAGAUGCAUUUCAGAUGGUUGUCAUGAUUGUGGGCUUCUUAACGGUUCUCAUUCAAGGAUCAACUCAUGCUGGGGGAUUCCACAAUGUAUUACAGCAAUCAACAAAUGGAUCUCGACUACAUAUAUUUGACUUUGAUGUAGAUCCUCUCAGGCGACACACUUUUUGGACUAUCACAGUGGGAGGAACUUUUACUUGGCUCGGAAUCUAUGGGGUCAAUCAAUCAACUAUUCAGCGAUGCAUCUCUUGCAAAACAGAAAAGCAUGCUAAGCUUGCCUUGUAUUUUAACUUGCUGGGUCUCUGGAUCAUUCUGGUGUGUGCUGUCUUCUGUGGUUUAAUCAUGUACUCUCACUUUAAAGACUGUGACCCUUGGACUUCUGGCAUCAUCUCAGCACCAGACCAGCUGAUGCCGUACUUUGUCAUGGAGAUAUUUGCCACAAUGCCAGGACUGCCAGGACUUUUUGUGGCUUGUGCCUUCAGUGGAACUCUGAGCACCGUGGCUGCCAGCAUCAAUGCCUUGGCAACAGUGACCUUUGAGGAUUUUGUCAAGAGCUGUUUUCCUCAUCUCUCCGACAAGCUGAGCACCUGGAUCAGUAAAGGCUUAUGUCUCUUAUUUGGCGUGAUGUGUACCUCUAUGGCUGUGGCUGCAUCUGUCAUGGGAGGUGUUGUGCAGGCUUCCCUCAGCAUUCACGGCAUGUGUGGAGGACCGAUGCUGGGCUUAUUCUCCCUGGGAAUAGUGUUCCCUUUUGUGAACUGGAAGGGUGCACUAGGAGGUCUUCUUACUGGAAUCACCUUGUCAUUUUGGGUGGCCAUUGGGGCCUUCAUUUACCCUGCACCAGCCUCUAAGACAUGGCCUUUGCCUCUAUCAACAGACCAAUGUAUCAAAUCAAAUGUGACAGCAACAGGGCCUCCAGUACUAUCCAGCAGACCUGGAAUAGCUGAUACCUGGUACUCGAUCUCCUACCUUUACUACAGUGCAGUGGGCUGCUUAGGAUGCAUUGCUGCUGGAGUAAUCAUCAGCCUCAUAACAGGUCGCCAAAGAGAUGAGGAUAUUCAACCACUGUUAAUUAGACCAGUUUGUAAUUUAUUUUGCUUUUGGUCUAAGAAAUGCAAAACACUAUGCUGGUGCGGAGUUCAGCAUGACAGUGGGACAGAGCAGGAAAACCUUGAGAAUGGCAGUGCCUGGAAACAAGGGGCUGAAUCUGUCUUACAGAACGGACUCAGGAGAGAAAGCCUGGUACAUGUUCCAGGCUAUGAUCCCAAGGACAAAAGCUACAACAAUAUGGCAUUUGAGAUUACCCAUUUCUAAGGCAAUACCUGUAUGAAUGCACACACACACUCAUGCACAAUACACACACACACACACACACACACAAAAAAAAACUCCACAUACUUCUUGCCUAUUUGUUAGUAGUUAUGUAUAGUUGCCAUUGCUAGAAGACAGGGAUGUCUGGUGCCUAUUUCUACUUAUUUAUAACUACAUGCAAAAUGACUGUUUCUCAGGAUAUUCUUUGAAAGACUCCAAGUUUCACAGAGAAAAACCAGCCUGCUCCAAAUGUCCUUGACUACUUCCUUCUUGAAUAAAUUAGGACUGGAUUUCAUUACCAUUCAAGAAAUCAAAGUCUUUUUGCUUGGUGUCAUAUUAAACUUCAGGUUAUUCGUUUUAGUAGCUUUUUAAUCAUCAAAAUAUUUUGGAGUUUAGAGGCAGAACAGGAAACAGGAAUAUGCAUAUUUAAUGCUUUUCUGCCACAUGGGAUAAAACAGAGGAAUGACAUCCACCCCCGACCUCAUACCUGACAUACAUGUAGACAUAUUUUAUGCCACCCAUCUCCCAUCCUGUAGCUACAAUUGGCAUAGAACUACUAUUAACAUCCCUUCACCACCACUAUUAGGUCCUCUUCCAGUCAUUCCAGUCAUUAGCUGUCCUGACUAAACAUUAAAAAAAAAUUCAGCGAAAUACAGAAGAAGAUGGUAUGUCUGGCUAGUGGGAGCAAUUGUAACUAAAAAUUUCGCUCCUUUUGUGCUGUCCAUGCAGUAUUUCUUCUUCCUUUCUAUCACUUUACAAUGAAAAAUUGCCUCAGAGCUCAAUAAGAAGUCUGGAGCCUUUUUCCAGGGCUAAGUAAAGAGAAAAGGAAUGUCCUAUAGAAGGCUGUUAGGGUAGAAUUUGGUAAAAGAACGUUGCAAAUAGUGUAACAGACCAUAGGAGAUUUCACCAGCAAUAGGGAUCUUCUUUGGACAAAAUACAUUGUCCACAAGACUUGUACUCUGCUCAUUCAACUCAUGUGAGCAAGCUCAACUCACUCCACCAGGGUUAGGUAACAGAAGUGGAGAACUUCAUAGUUCGUGUCUAGAAAAUAAUGUUUAAAGUUCUGGAGAAUGAGGGCAUUGCCGAUUAAAAGGCGAGCUGACAAAUGAAGGAGCAGUGAAAGAUUUUGGAGCAAGUAAAGAAGUGAAAUUCUGAAAAGGUAAAAGAAAGAACCAGUAUGUCACAGGGGACAAGUGAGAGGACAGAUAAUAAGAAACAAAGUUGUAUCUGAGAGUCAUAUAUUAGGACAGGUGUCAGGUAUUUAUUUUGGUGGCCAGAUAAGAGCAAAAGGCCUACAAACAGUGUGUUAGCAAAGUAAGAAGAAAUGGUCCAAAUAGGCAAGGAUAAGGAACUCCAAAGGUUGUCUUUAAAUAUUUCUCAAAAGAGAAAGCCUUGAAAGAAGCAUACAAUAGAGAAAAAAUAAAUUACCAAUAUUUAUUUUUAGAAAAGAUAGAAAGAGACAAAUCAGUGGAGGAAUUAAAACAGACAAACUGGAGUUUAUAAAACAGAGCCCAAUCCUUGCCUUCUCUCCCUCUACUCAAAUAGAAAAGGAGAAUGGAGAAAGAGAAAGAAGGUAUUAGGCUACAGUUUAUAAGAGAGAUGAGAAAAAAAUACAUUUGGGAAUAGAGGGAAAGGAUCAAAAGGGGGCACAUUUGGAGAAACAUCUGAAAAUGAGAAGGAGCAGAAUUUUUGGAAACAUUUUUUAAAGUCUGGCAAUGCUAAUUAAGCUGUUGAUCUAAGGAUUUGCAAACUGAGAGGUGCAAUUAUUUUCCAAAUGAUUUGUGACACUCUUAUUAAUUAGAAUAUACUAGUUAGCUUUAUUAAUAUCUUAGGGAAGGAAGAGAGAAAGAAAGAGGGAGAGAGAGAGAAAGAAAGAGGAAGAGAGAGACAGAAAGAAUAAAGAGAAAAAAACCAGCAAUUCUGAGGAUAAGAAUAAAUUAAUGGUAGGUAUUAUAUAUGCAUGAACACAUAUAUACAUGUGUACACAUAUACAUGUAAAUACGAUUUGGAAUACAUCAGGAUUGUGAACUUCCACUUGGGAUAGCAUAAAAGCAAAAUAUACCAUACAAUUUUUCAUUUUACUCACAAAUUUUACUCACAAAUUCUUCUAAAGACAUUUCACUAGGUCAGUACAUUUCUGAGAAAGUUUUAAAAAUGUUUCUUCUGUUACAGUCCCUAAUUAUCUUACCUGGAGUGUUAUCAAAAUGUCAUACAACUGGAAAAUGCAAUUAUUGUUAUAAAAAUAUCUCUGCCUUCUCUUGUGUAAUGAAAUUUAUGGCUUUAGAAGAUGACAUUUCAAGAGAUUUUAGAGGUCAAUGUAGAGACUCCCCCCAUUCUUCUUAAUUGAACAAACAUGCAUAAAUCUAGGGUUUCAGGUAGAGAGCAGAUGGGAAUCUGCAGGAAACUGUCUUCCAUAGUGUAUGAAAACCGUGUUUGUUGUGUGGUGAAGCACAGAAGUGCACAGUCAAUAGAUUCAGCUAGUGAGUCCCAGCACUCCUCUCAGGCCCUCCCUAGGAUUAGCAGCCCAGAGUCCAGCCAAGGCCACUGGUGCAAUACAAAGACAGUUCAGUGACAAGUUCCAUCCAUACCAUGGAAGAGGGUUAAACUUGUGGCUGUUUUUGCCACAGCAUGACCAGAGACAUUCUCAAUAAAUGGCACUAGGAAUGAUGAGUUUUAGAGGGGCCUAAAAUGUUCCAAACUUGAUACUCACCACUGUACCUUUAAAGCACAACCACAGAUACUGGUAAAAAUGGAACAGAAUUACCUCAGUGUCUCUUUAACUCAUUCUGAAUGAAUUCAUUUUGAUGACAGAGAUUUUUUUGUCACCAUUUGGAAUAAGAACUACAACAACUUAUGAUUGAGGUGAGCAACUGCAGUCAAAUGGCUUAGGUUCAAACACAAGUUCUGACACAAAUCUAGGUAAUUUUGGGCAAUAGUUUUAAAAUCUUAGUUUAUUAACCAAUUAAUAGGUGUCAAAAUUAUCCCUACUUAAUAGAAUUAUUCUGAAGAUUUAUAUAAGUAAAUCAUAUAAACUGCUUAGCACAAUGUGACUGGCCCACAAGGAACAUUUAAUACUUGGUCUGCAAUAUAUGAAGAAAAUGGUGCACAUGUUAACUUAAAUUGUUUCAUUAUUUCUCUGCAGGAUUUUUAAGAUGCGGGAUCAGAAUAUAUGUUACUAUUUUGAGAAUUAGAAAUAAUAAGGAAAACAGAAUGUAUACAUUAAAAGUCAUGCCAUAAAUUUCCAAAGAGUAGUUUUUUUAAAUGCCAGAGUUUAAAUAAAAUAUUAUCUUCCAGAGAGUAACUUUUCUAAAGGUCCUAAAUUCUGAAAAGAGAGAAAACUACUGUUAUAAACAAGUUUAUUACUAAAAGAUGCAAUAUUCAUUACUAUGACUUAUUAUUAUUUUGUACAUGUAAACCUUGAUAAGUAAACAGCAUCUCAACCCAAGUUUAUUACUCAACGCACAGUUCAAAGCAACUAUGACUCUCAAAAUAGCAAUAGAAGGUGGGGAGGGUCUUUUCCCUUUGUUUAUAUAGUAUUUACUAAAAAUAAACUUUACUAUUUUGUGACUUUAUAGGGUUACACCAUUUCAUUCGAAAGAGAAACAAAAAGUAAACCAUCGGCCAUGUGGCUUUCAAACAGUAUUUCAAAGAGAAUAUUACUGAAAUAUUUUUGUGCUGUUACAGUCUUAAUCAAACAUUAUU